GGAUGAGAGUAACAACACUGAUAACACAGUCGUAACGGGAACACGCGGUCUGCAGUGCGCGGAGCUGCGCCGCCGACCUACAUGUCACUCCAGUGGCAGCUGGCCUCGCGCUGGAUUCUGUGCUACACAUGGCAACCCGCACAGGGAAUCCACUGCAAGUGUGUGUAUGUGUGUGUGUGUGUGUGUGUGUGUGUGUGUGUGUGUGUGUAAUGGAGGGAAGGGGGAUUAGAAAUGCAUUAUGCAUACCCACCAUGGGCGCACCCCCCCUUCCCCAUAGCCACCUGAAAAACACGGUACACCUGCUUCCCCCGGCACGCAUGCGCGUGCAUAAACGUGGACGACGGGGUGACGUAAGAUGUCCGUGUUUGGGCAUUUUGACGCAUCAUACGGGAGCUCACGAACUCACGAACUUUACACGCACCCGGUCACUAACGUGGACGGAUCAGCCGGUGUGAUGGAGUCGUCGUGUUGCAAGUGGAGAGCGGCUGUCUCCCCGGAGCUGAGCGUCACGACCUGAGCUGAUGGUUGCACCAGGGGUGUCCUGUAACUCCUGACAGAGAAGAGGAGCCUUCAUCACCAUAGCUACUGCUCCUCUCCUCCUCCUCCAGUUCACGAUCCCCCAUUCACCACCUCUCUUCAUCUGUCGAGUGUUUGUUUGCCACUGUCUUUCCCUCCACAUCCUCCAUCACCUGUCACCAUGACAACCUCAGCCCUACGCCGGCAGGUGAAGAAUAUUGUGCACAACUAUUCAGAGGCGGAGAUAAAGGUCCGCGAGGCCACCUCCAAUGAUCCAUGGGGCCCGUCAUCGUCUCUCAUGUCAGAGAUCGCUGACUUGACCUUCAACGUGGUGGCAUUUGCCGAGGUCAUGGGCAUGGUGUGGAAACGCCUCAACGACAGCGGCAAGAACUGGAGACAUGUCUACAAGGCCCUGACUCUGUUGGAUUACCUGCUGAAGACAGGAUCAGAAAGAGUGGCCCAGCAGUGCCGAGAGAACGCAUUCACUAUUCAGACGCUCCGUGACUUCCAAUACGUCGACCGUGACGGCAGAGACCAGGGGGCCAACGUGAGAGAAAAAGCACGCCAACUGGUGUGUCUCCUCCGGGACGAGGAGCGGCUCCGCCAGGAGAGAAGUCAAGCCCUCAAGACCAAAGAGCGAAUGGCUGGGGGAGGCAGUGGAGGCGGUGGGGGUGUGUAUGGAGGGAUACCGCCGUCUUACCACCCAGGCAGGAGGACGAGCCAGCCCAGCAUGGCUGUGCUGUACGGGGAGGAGUUCAGCCGCUCCAGAGGCUCUCCAUCCUCCUUCAACUCCUCGUCCUCGUCCCCUCGCGCCGCCUCAGAUCUGGAGCAGGCCCGACCGCAGACCAGCGGUGAGGAGGAGCUGCAGCUCCAGCUGGCCUUAGCCAUGAGCAGGGAGGAGAGUCAGAAGGAGCAGUGCUGUCGUCAAGGAGACGAGUCGCUGUUGCAGAAGGCCCUGGAUGAGAGCAGGAGAGAGAGCCAGUCAGGGACACAGGAGUCAGCCAUGCUGGAUCUGGUGGACAUAUUUGGCACCUCAUCUGAGGCCCCACCUCCACCUAGUGACCCUUGGAACUCUGCCGAACCCACCUGUAACGCCACCUCUGACCCCUGGGACUCUGUAGCGGUCCACUCCAGCACUCCUGUGAUAGGCAGCCCUUGGGCGGGGCCAGCCCCUCCCUCAUCCUCUGAUGCGGCCAAUCCUUGGGCUCCGUGCCCCGACUCAUGCACAGACCCCUGGGAGGGAGCGCAGGUCUCCUCCAGUCCUGUUGAUCAAGCGUGGGACAGCCCAACAGACAGAGGUGGUGAUAGAGGAGAUCCGUUUGCUGCACAGGAAGAGGAGAAGCCUAAACAAGAGGUUCCGCAGGUGUCCUCCCCUCAACCAGCUAGUCCCACAGAUGCGGAGCUGUUCGGGUUUAAAGUGAACUCUGACCCGUUUGCUGAUGCAGAUUCCAAUCCUGAUCCAUUUGGGAGUGACCCUCCAGUGAAACCCCAGGUAAACGGACGGGAGUCGUCCAGCCCAGAGAUGUUUGACCUGUCCCGGCUAGCACCCCCACUCAGCGCCCCGCCUACACGUGUGUGUCGAACCCCUGAGGCCUUUCUGGGACCCACAGGAGCCUCGUUGGUCAAUUUAGACGCUCUGAUACCCUCCAACCCGCCAAGCAAGAUGCACAACAACCCCUUCCUCUCAGGUCUGAGUGCUCCGUCUCCCACCAACCCCUUCCACUGCGACCAGCCUCGCCUCACCCUCAACCAGAUGCGACCUUCCUCCACGUCCCCGCUGCCCCCGCACAUGCUCUCCUACAGCCCGUCGCUGCCCCUCCCUCUGCACCACCAGCCACCCGUCCUCCCCUCCUCUCUUACACAACCUCCUGCCGGACUCCUGGACCUUCCCUCCAACCUCCCGCAGCCGCUGCUCCCCCUUUCUCCCCGACCGGCGCACCGCACUCAGUCGCAGACACAGACACACAGCCACAACCCCUUCCUCUGAGACGCCCGCAUCUUUCACGCUCUGGCCUGCAGAGGGAAAAUGGACUCUUUUUGGAUCCAUCUAUGCUGACUACAAGGAGACUAAUGUCAAAUGAGCCUGAACUGGACUGCAGAUCCUGGUCUGAUGUCAUUGUGCGCACUUGAAGCGGAUCAACCUUGGACUGGAUGUAUGUGUGUCUGUCUAGAGACACAUCAGCUGCUAUAUAACCUGAACUCUUGAAGAAAAGCUAACUCGCUCACUCCCACAUACACACACACGCACUCAGGCGCACUUAAGGGUGCACAGACACAAACAUGCACACGCCACCAAACUAACAGGGUGUAUCUCAACAGUCCCCUCGAUGCCUUUUUUCCCCAUCAUCAGUGACGACUCAGAGCUCCCUCUGACCACAGAGACAAAGCUGUUCCUUAGAAGAUUUGGAUGAAGCCACAAACUCUGAUUGUCCACAGAGAUUCACAAGGACCCUUACCGCUGCUGCUUCACCGACAAAAGCAUGAAUGCAUCCCACUCCCCCAAGACUCCAAACUAUGCUAUUCUACCCGAGCACCUGAGACGAGUUCAUCAAAUAAAUCCUCUCUCUCUCUGCCGAGUCAAACGGUAUCUUGAGCUUUAUCGGCCCAAUUGAAUCACCGGAGAAAGGCCCCAGGAGUGUGUUACUGUGAGAUUCAAGACAGUUCAAGAACUUGACUUGACUCAGGUAUCCCUUCUUACACCAACAUACUUAUAUCUAUUUUGCAUUGCCUUGUUACCCUGCAAGCUCCAUAGCAUCUGGUCCUAAGUUAGAUUGCCCUUAAAGGCAAGUAACCCCAAGAGGAUCCAAGUGGAUUCAAAACUGGACUAAACCAGCCUACGCUAGACCUUACUGUCACAACCUGGACCUAAACUGAUCACUGAUUGUACCCUAUCGGACCCGCGUGCCUGUCUCUACAGCUGACCCACAAUCCAUUCCCGGCUGGUUGAUAUUGGCGCCAUUUGAGGAGGACCUCAGGGAGACCGCUCUGUCCCUCCUCCAAUGAGAUUCAACCCAAGGAACGAAUGGAAAGGCAUUUAGUCUACAGAGAGUAAAAACGACAAGAUCAGUGACUUGAUCGUAAAAAAAAAAUGAGAGAUGAAGAGAUAAAGGCGGAGUGAGAAGGCGAAACUAUUACAGAUGAUUGACCGGUGUGUCGGGCUCGUCUCCUCGGCUCCUCGUUCACUUCUGUGUCAGGAUCCAAAGGACCUGACGAGACGAGAUGUUUGGUCAUCACUGCACUGAACCUGGACCUGAAUGUGAAAUGCCUGCCUAUAGAUACACACACAGGCUUAGUACAUAUGUAUUUAACAGAAUGAUACCUAUAAAGUAUUAUAGAACAUUAUACCAAUAAAUGAAUGGUGUUUGCA